CAGCAGACGCAGCUGUGGAAUUGAGAUAAAACUGAGCUGCCACUUUAGGGAAGCUCUCAUUCACUCACUUUUGCGGCCACAAACCUCUGAAGCCUCAAGUCAAAAACGCCUGGGGUCUUUUUAACUGUGCUGGAUGGCAGCUGUAAGGUGGAGGUAAUGAGGUUUGGAUUUUUUGCAGUUUGCACAUUCUUUUUUUUUAAGUAUAUUUUUUCUGAAACUUGAAUCCUUUUUUCACUAAGGAGAGUUGCUUGAGCUACAACCCUGAACAUAACACAGCUCUGAACAGACUAUGAAUGUGCUGUCGAACCCGGUGAUCAGGGCCCAGGAGCCGCCCCUACCUCACCGGGUCUCCGGGUCAGUCCAGGACUUCCCCCACCGCCCUGCGGGGUUCAACCUGAGCUCCCGCCUGAACCCCGUGGUGCCCGUGCUCGGCCUCCAGGGCGGCCAAAGACCAACCAAACCUCAGAGGGAGCUGAGCGCCGAGGAGCAGCAGGAGCUCAGGAGGAAGAUCAACAGCAGGGAGAGGAAGCGGAUGCAGGACCUGAACAUCGCCAUGGACGCCCUGAGGGAGGUCAUGGUGCCUUACGCGUCCUCGCCGUCGUCCGCCUCCUCCCCUCCGACCCACCAGCACGGAGCUCCUCCGGGCCGCAGGCUCUCCAAGAUCUCCACCCUUGUUCUGGCCCGGAACUACAUCCUCCUCCUGAGUUCAUCGCUGCAGGAGAUGCGGCGGCUGCUGGGGGAGGUGAGCGUCGGGAUGGGGGUGAAUGCGGGGCCGGUGCCCCGGCUGCUGCUCACCGGAGGGUGGCCCCUCAUAUCUGGCCCCAGUCAGCUACUCCUUACCCAGGAGUCGCUCCUCAACUCAGCAGCCUCCUCCUCUUCAUCCGCUCCAUCGUCGUCUGCUGCCAAAUGUCCCCUGCUGUCUCCGGGCCCCAUGGAGGCGGCACUGGCUCCUGUGCAUUGGGGCUCUGCAGGGGCCUCGGGGGGGCCCCUGUGCCCCUGCGGAGUCUGUAGACUGCCCAGAUUCAGCCACUCCACUCCUGCUCCGAGAUUCCCAAAGUGACACAUUUAAAUUUAAGAAAAGACUCAUUUUCUUUUAUACAUGAAUUGUUAUUUUCUAACUAUCUAUCUAUUGUUUUUUCUUCAUAACAUUUUGCCCUUUGAGCUUAACCUAAUGGAUCUACUCUGUAUUUAGGAAGCUAGAUUCUGUUAUAAAUAAUAGCCUUUGUGGUUCGGAGACAACUUAGCAAGUAAUAAUCCUCUUGUUUCAUAAGCAGAGAUCUAUUGGUUACUUUAAUGAUUCUUGUUGAAAGUGUGAUCUGUGAUGAUUGUGUUGAUGAUGCGUUUGAUUGAGGUGAAGCAGCUUGUUGGUUGAAAAGAAGGUCACAACAUCAGGGGCCCACAAACGGAAUAAUAGUUAUAAUAUAAUAUUGGAAAGCAGUGAAAAGCAGAUCUGAGUUCCUGGUUUCCCACAUGGACUCAUCCUCAGCUGUUUUGUUCAUUUCACAUUGGGAGAUUUCUGUAUCAGUGUUUUUUCUGUGCUCUUCUCACUGGUUUAAAAUGGCUCGCGUAAUAAAAGUCACACUUAAUCUGCAGGAAAUACUUCAGCUUGCUCUUUGCUUGGUGUAAUUAAGCAAUCUUUUUUCACAUACAAUUAUGAAGACGAAAAGUGAUAUAACAUCACACUUCUUUCCCAGGAACUACAACCCUGUCAUGGAAAUGAUGCUCGAUGAUAAUUGUUGUUUCCAUAUUCUGUACAUGUCUUCCAUGUGCAACAUUUCAUCGAUUAAGUGAAGCUCAAAACAUAUUUAUUUACGUUUCAUGAAUCCUUUGAAAACAGAAGUCGUUUGGUCGAGGUAAUCAAAUAGUUAACAGGCCAUGUGUUGUCAUUGACCAUAACCGUGUGCUGUGAAUGCACUUUGCAAGUGAAUAUUUUACUGACAUUCAGUGUCAAUAAUUUUGUAAAUUGGCAGAUAUGUUAAUAACGUGUAUGUCAAUUCAGUCAUUAUAUAAAAUGUUCCAUUACACCCGUUCUAA